AUGACUUCCAAGACCAUUACCAAAAAGCAAGGGCGACCCAAGAAAACCUCACCCGAAUUCGAAAUAGCGAAAUCUACAACUGCAACUAAGAUCGCGACACGGCAGAAAUCAACUACUGCGAGUACAAGUAAUACUUCCCCGGCGACCAAAUCAAAAGGAAAUAUUGCGCCUGCGGGGUCGAAAACUGUUGCUACACCAGCGAAACCCUCACAAGCUAUUCCAACCGCGGCGAAGAGUGAAAUUAAAACCGCAGGAUCGCAGACGGGUGCGAAUACCCGCUCAUCAAAUACAAACAUGAGCAACAUGACCCUCGGGAAAAGACCCUCGACCCCUCCUUCAACACCUCCAUCCACCACUUCGACGUCCCCUAUCCUCGAACAAGUAAAGCAAGUCCAAACUAUACGCUCCGCAUCCACCAACCACAAGAGCUCCCCUCCAAAUCCCCAGUUCCCCAAUUCAAUACCGCAACCCGAACCCAAACCCGCGCUCUCGACUUCUCUCCCCUUCAAAUCUCUAAAUCAAUCAAUCACCUCGCGACUGACUACACCUGCUGGUGCUCGAGCUUCUUCUGCUCCUGGAGCUAAACCCCUGCCGAAAAAUUAUCAGAGUGUGGCGAGGAGGGUUACUAUGACGAUUGUUGCUUUGCCGAUUUUGUUCGUGACGAGUUGGGUGCUUUGGGAUAGGUUAGUCCUAGGAGAGCCAAAGAAAUCACUAAUUCGAGAUCCGCCUGUUGUUCCUGGGCCACCGAUGGCUGCUGAGAUGGAAGCUCGAAAUAACAGGAAAUCAUAA